CAGCUUCUACUUGCAGUGAAGACAGAGGAAGCACAAUGGCCAGAACCAAGCAGACAGCCCGUAAAUCCACCGGAGGAAAAGCCCCCAGGAAGCAGCUGGCUACCAAGGCUGCCCGGAAGAGCGCCCCGGCCACCGGCGGCGUCAAGAAGCCUCACCGUUACAGGCCCGGUACCGUGGCUCUGAGAGAGAUCCGUCGCUACCAGAAAUCCACGGAGCUGCUCAUCCGCAAGCUGCCCUUCCAGCGCCUGGUCAGAGAGAUCGCUCAGGACUUCAAGACCGACCUGCGCUUCCAGAGCUCCGCUGUCAUGGCUCUGCAGGAGGCCAGCGAGGCUUACCUGGUCGGCCUCUUCGAGGACACCAACCUGUGCGCCAUCCACGCCAAGAGGGUCACCAUCAUGCCCAAAGACAUACAGCUGGCCCGCCGCAUCCGUGGAGAGAGGGCUUAGACCCACCAUGCCAGACUUUACCCGAAACACCACGGCUCUUUUAAGAGCCACACAUAUUCACUACGGGAGCUCACUCACACCCAUCAAUAAUUCAGCUUAGUACAAUUCUGCAAAGCGCUUUAGGAGAGUUGUGUUGCAUAAACCGUUUCAUAAAAUACUUUAUUACUAUUAAAAUACACCGACUGUCUCCUUUGAAGUCUGCAGAGCAGCCUCACGCAUUUCCUACAAGAGUCCAUAUAAUAAUUGAAAAAGAUGCGUUUUUUAAAAAUAUUUGUGGAAGGCUGUUUGGGUACCAGAGACCCCAAAUUUUUCUACAAGACAGUUCCAUCUGUCGUCUAUCACUGUACAAAAAAAGCAGCAGGGUUACAUUUGUAGUUACUGAGAUAUUCUUACUCAAAAUGGCAUGGGUAAUGUCAAAAUCGUUUUUUGCUUUUCACUACUUUAAAUUGGGAUACAAGUAUUAGUAGUCAUUCCAAUGGUAGUAUUAUGUAUGUUUUGUUCUUUUUGAAAUGUUAGUUGUUAAAGGUGACUACCUUCAAAAAGUGUAAUGACAUGUUGACACCCAUUUACAAUGCACACAUGUAAUUAUAACAUACACAUACAAAUAAUUCAGGGAGCUCUGUAGUAGUUUAUGGUUGAGUAAUUUAAAAAUAACAACAAUAAUGUUGAAUUUUACAGUAUCAGUGCAGUGGGAUUAAACAUGUUAAAUUUAAUUGUACAAUGUCAUGUUACAAGCAAAAGAACCUAUACCUAAGUUAUAACUUAGGUAUACCUAA